AUGAUGUUUCGCGACCAGGUCGGGGUGCUGGCGGGCUGGUUUAAGGGCUGGAAUGAGUGUGAGCAGACUGUUGCGCUGCUGUCACUGCUUAAGCGCGUGAGCCAGACCCAGGCCCGUUUCCUCCAGCUCUGCCUGGAGCACUCGCUGGCCGACUGCGCGGAGCUGCACGUCCUGGAAGGCGAGGCCAACAGCCCCGGAAUCAUUAACCAAUGGCAACAGGAAUCCAAGGAUAAAGUGAUUUCCCUCCUGUUAACUCACCUGCCUUUGUUGAAGCCAGGAAACCUUGACGCAAAAGUAGAGUAUAUGAAACUGCUCCCCAAAAUCCUGGCUCACUCUAUUGAACACAACCAGCACAUCGAGGAGAGCAGGCAGUUGCUGUCCUAUGCAUUGAUACAUCCAGCCACUUCAUUGGAAGACCGCAGUGCUUUAGCCAUGUGGCUGAACCACUUGGAGGAUCGCACUUCUACCAGCUUCAGUGGUCCGAACCGAGGCCGCUCGGACUCUGUGGAUUAUGGGCAGACACACUACUAUCACCAAAGACAGAACUCUGACGACAAACUCAAUGGGUGGCAGAACUCUCGGGAUUCUGGGAUUUGUAUCAACGCCUCCAACUGGCAGGACAAAAGCCUGGGGUGUGAGAAUGGCCAUGUGCCCCUCUACUCCUCCUCAUCUGUCCCCACCACAAUCAAUACAAUUGGAACCAGCACAAGUACAAUUCUCUCAGGCCAGGCACACCACAGCCCUUUGAAACGAUCUGUGUCCCUUACCCCACCCAUGAAUGUGCCAAACCAGCCUCUAGGACAUGGAUGGAUGUCUCAUGAGGACUUACGAGCUAGAGGACCCCAGUGCCUCCCUUCCGAUCAUGCCCCCCUGUCUCCACAAAGCAGUGUAGCCUCUUCAGGAAGUGGUGGGAGUGAACACUUAGAAGAUCAGACUACUGCUCGUAACACAUUCCAAGAAGAAGGUAGUGGUAUGAAAGAUGUUCCAGCCUGGUUGAAAAGCCUCCGCCUGCACAAGUAUGCUGCGCUUUUCUCCCAGAUGACCUAUGAGGAAAUGAUGGCCCUUACGGAGUGCCAACUGGAAGCUCAGAAUGUUACCAAAGGUGCAAGACACAAAAUUGUCAUCAGUAUUCAGAAGCUCAAAGAAAGACAAAACCUUCUGAAGUCUCUGGAAAGGGACAUCAUCGAAGGGGGCAACCUGCGCAUCCCACUCCAGGAACUGCACCAGAUGAUCCUGACGCCCAUCAAGGCCUACAGCUCCCCGAGCACCACCCCUGAGGCUCGUCGCCGCGAGCCCCAGGGCCCACACCAGCCUUCUCUGAUGGGCCCUGAGAGCCAGCGCCCUGACUGCAAAGAAAGUGGAGGCGCUACAGCCACUACCGCAGCUGGGGCCAGCACUGGGCUGCAACCUCACCAACUGAGCAGCUGUGAUGGGGAGCUGGCUGUUGCCCCCCUCCCGGAGGGGGACCUCCCUGGGCAGUUCACGCGUGUCAUGGGCAAAGUGUGCACACAGCUCUUGGUCUCCAGACCUGAUGAGGAAAAUAUAAGUUCCUAUUUACAGCUCAUAGACAAGUGUCUAAUUCAUGAGGCAUUUACAGAGACACAGAAGAAAAGAUUGUUGUCAUGGAAACAGCAGGUGCAGAAGCUCUUUCGGUCUUUCCCUCGGAAAACCCUUCUAGACAUAUCAGGAUAUCGACAGCAAAGAAAUCGAGGCUUUGGGCAGUCCAAUUCCCUCCCAACUGCCGGCUCAGUGGGUGGCGGCAUGGGCAGACGGAACCCGCGUCAAUAUCAGAUCCCCUCACGGAAUAUUCCUUCUGCCCGGCUUGGACUCUUGGGCACCAGUGGAUUCGUCAGUUCUAACCAGCGCAACACCCCAGCCAACCCCACCAUCAUGAAACAAGGAAGACAGAACCUCUGGUUUGCCAACCCUGGGGGCAGCAACAGCAUGCCAAGCCGCACCCACAGCUCAGUCCAAAGGACCCGCUCGCUGCCUGUGCACACUUCUCCGCAGAACAUGCUGAUGCUCCAGCAGCCAGAAUUCCAGCUCCCCGUGACUGAACCUGACAUCAACAACAGGCUGGAGUCUUUGUGCCUCAGUAUGACCGAACACGCCCUGGGAGACGGGGUUGACCGAACCUCCACAAUCUAA